CUCGGUGGUGGCGGGGGUAGCCUGUGAAGGUGUCAUGGCUGCUGUCGCUGAGCUUAGUCGCUCCAGCAGUGGUGACAGGAGUUUGGAACGGAGCUGCAGCCCUAAUCUCUCCCAAGAGGUGCUCUGCGAAAUCUUUCGCUCUCUGCAUAGCCUGGUGGGACAACUUAACCUCAGAGAUGAUGUGGUGAAAAUUACAAUCGAUUGGAACAAGCUCCAGAGCCUCUCGGCAUUCCAGCCCACUUUGCUCUUUAGUGCACUUGAACAACAUGUUUUAUAUUUACAGUUUGAACCUCUGCAGAUGGAAUUGUGUUUUUCUCAGCCUUUUUUAGCAAAACUUCAGCCUCUGAUUAAAGAGGAGAAUACAACUGUUGUUGGAGGGACAGAAAAAACAGAAAUGGGGAAUAAGAAUGAAGUAAAUGCCAAAUUUCCCAUUAGUGACCUACAAGAGGAAGAAAAGCACAAAGAUUGUGAUUUAGGAGAUGUGAAAAAGACACAGAUCCAUGUUGAUCCAGAAGUAGUUCAAAUAAAGGCUGGAAAAGCAGAAAUUGACAGACGAAUAUCUGCAUUUAUUGAAAGAAAGCAAGCUGAAAUCAAUGAAAACAACGUGAGGGAAUUUUGCAAUGUUAUUGAUUGUAAUCAAGAAAACAGUUGUGCAAGAACUGAUGCCAUUUUUACUCCUUACCCGGGAUUUAAAAGUCAUGUAAAAGUUUCUAGAGUUGUGAAUACAUAUGGACCACAGACUAGACCUGAAGGAAUUCAAGGGUCAGGUCAUAAACCUAACAGCAUGCUCCGAGAUUGUGGUAAUCAGGCUGUAGAAGAACGACUACAAAAUAUUGAGGCUCACUUGCGAUUGCAGACGGGUGGUCCAGUGCCAAGAGACAUUUAUCAGAGAAUUAAAAAACUUGAGGAUAAAAUCCUUGAAUUGGAAGGCAUCUCUCCUGAAUAUUUUCAUUCUGUAAGCUUUUCCGGAAAAAGAAGAAAAGUACAACCACCUCAACAGAAUUAUUCACUGGCUGAACUUGAUGAAAAAAUUAGUGCCCUCAGACAAGCCCUGCUCAGAAAAUCAAGAGAAGCAGACUCCAUGGCUACCCACCACCUUCCAUGAAAAACUCCUCUCAUUCUUGUCAUUUUACUUUUUUUAUAUACAUGUAACUUACAGUGCAGUUAAUUAAGUGGAUAUGUGUUUAUCAAUGUAACUUUCCUUCUCUGAAAUCAAGGUUCUUUUCAUGAGAGUCUGGCCUGCAGCAGGUCAUCUGCAGAUAUUCCAGUGAAGUUUGAAAUGGUUAUAAGGUGUGGAAAACAGCAUUGUUGGAACGUGUCCCCUUCUGUUCUAAAGGAGGUAUUUUGGAAACCGAAAAACUUAAUUUCAAAGCACAUCUUUUUGUGUGUGUGUACAUGCCACAGAAAGGACGAUUUAUUUUGAAUAGUGAUAUUUAAAAGGACUUUAUAUUUGUAACAUCAGUGUUAACCAGUUUUUUUGUUUAAAUCAGUACUUUGUACGUAACAGGCAAGAAGAAUUUACCAACUGAAAUGAAUUUUAAAUGAAUGCAUACUUUUUUUCCCAAAUGCCAACUUUAAUGUAAAUAAACAGUAGACUCUACCUUUAUCCCCUUACUGUGUGACCUUUAGCAAAUUAAUCUCUCUUUGUAUCUUAAUUUCUUUAUCUAUAAAAUGGCAUUGAUAAUAAUAAAACCUACGGUUGUCAUGAA